AUGGACCUCUCUCGAAAACCAACCAACUCACAGCGGCUACCACCACCCGCUCUCUUCCAAGGCCCACCCUCACACAAUGCAUCCAACGUCUCACUCGCCGUCCCCCAAACCAACCCAACCCUCACAACACCAUCACGCAGCCAACCUCCACCUCUAAACCGUGCCCUCAGCCCCGGCACCAAAGGCGACAAUCGCAGCCUCCUUUCCCCCUUUAUAUCGCGCCGACCAUCCAAGAAUGACGUCGACGGCUCAGACGCCAUCUGGCAAGAAAUGCAAAGUGCCCUCUCCGAAGUCGAACUAAGCGCCGUAACCAGCGAACACGUAUUUGGAGAAAAGCACGCCGAGGCCCUAGAAGACCUGCGAACAAAACAACUAAACCUCGCCCAAGCGUGGGCCCGCAGCGAAGCAGAUGACGAGGUAGUGGACUCGAGUCGCAACACCGCCGACGGGGAGAGUGCGCAGCGCCGGGGCUCAUCAGAAGCAACUACCACGAAAGACACUACCGGAGUAGGAGCCGGUGAAUCUGUCCCCGCGAGAGAUCGCGUCUCGCACCGCACAUUAGACGAGGAGACGGAGAAGGACAUCAUUCUAGCGCGGAAGCGCCGCGACGCAAAUGAUCGGUACUUUGAUCGCGUCAAUCAGGGCGUUUUGGACGUUGUUGCGAAGCUUGAGGAAGUUUCGCAGGCUAUGCGGACGGUUGAGCGCGAGAGUAAGGAUAUAUGGAGUGAUUCGGAGAGUUUGACUACUGCGCCGCCGUCAACUAAUGCUGGGUGA